UUUAUUUAAAUGUUUUAAACAUUAAAAGCCUCUUUCCACUUAUAAACCCAAAUUACUGUUAAACUGGAGAGUCAAACUUGCAGCAAAAACGAGUCACAACAAAGCAGGUGUUGUACUUUGUAAUGCUAUGCUAUAAAAUACAUUAAAAACAUUAACGACUUGGUAAAACUGAGUGGAGUAGUUUCAGCAUGGUGUAAAAACAGAAAUAAAACGAAGUCUGGGACCAGAGGUGGUGGGUGGAGCCUAAAGUUAAGCCCACCUCGGGCUUAAAACCUGUCCCUGAAGUCUCAGUGGUCACAUUCAGCUGUGACUGAAAGACCAAUAGACCAGUUCUUGGAAAUUAAUCAUGAAGUUGUUUCAGGAUUUAGAGGACGCAAAGGCCCAAAGGAAGAGUCUCAAACCUCAGGUGGAGAGACGUCGAAGGGAGAGAAUGAACUGCAGCCUGGAGAGCCUUAAGACUCUUCUGCUACAGCGGCAGGAAGGUACUCGGCGCAGAGUGGAGAAAGCUGAGAUACUCGAGCACACAGUCGUCUUCCUGCAGAACACUGCUGAAGGAAACAAGACGAGAGCUGGAGGUGGUGAUGGUGAUGAUGGUGGUGGAGGAGGAGGCCAGAAAAACUCCUUCCAAGACGGUUUCUCCGCCUGCCUGCAGUCAGCCACUCGGUUCCUGGGCCCUGAGGGGAAGGGCCUGUGGAUUGGAGCAGCACCAGAUGCAUCUUUUGCUGCUCGCUUUUCCCGCUCAGUCUCUGACUCUGCCGGCGUCCAAAGAACUGAAGCUCAUUCCUCCUCCAGCUCUCUGCUUCUCAGGAAGUCCUCCAGGUCCAUUCUUCGGCUGCUGAUGGACAGGUCCGGGCUCAGACUGUGCACGCCUGCCCUUACUGUGACCAGUUGUGUUCAGACCAAUGGAGACUCACAUCGCUCUCCCACGACUCCCCAACAGCCCCACAAAGUGACCAGUCGAGCAAGAAAACAGAGCCCGUCCCAGAACCAACCGGUCGGCCAGUCAAUGUGGAGGCCGUGGCCCUGAUCACCACGCAGUGACUUCAGAAACUGAACUUUUAUUGACUCCAACAUGCUGAUUAAUAUUCAAACAAGAGCAUGUGUUCUUCAUUCGACUCUACAAGGCCAUAUUCAGUUCAAUGUAUUGAACAUGGGCCACCUGCUGUCUGUAAAGUCUGAUAAAUGUGUAGAUAUUGUAUAUCUAUUAUGAUCACACCAAGUGCUGCUACGGCCUUUACAGGCCAACUCGUGUAAAUUGUGUCACUGUGGGUUUUUGCACCUUAAUUUAUUUUAUUUUGUCAUUUGC